GGCAGGUCCUGGUGCUUGAUGGCUGAGGCCAUCUCCUGGGCCGCCUCGCGGCCACUGUGGCCAAGCAGGUACUGCUGGGCUGAAAGGUGGUGGUCGUGCACUGUGAGGGCAUCAAUAUCUCUGGCAACUUCUAUAGAAACAAAUUGAAGUACCUGGCCUUCCUCCGCAAGCAGAUGAACACCAACCCAUCCCGUGGUCCUUCCCACUUCCAAGCCCCCAGCCGCAUCUUUUGGCGGCCGGUGCGAGGCUCGCUGCCCCUCAAAACCAAGCGAGGCCAGGCCGCCUUGGACCGCCUCCAGGUGUUUGAUGGGAUCCCACCGCCCUAUGACAAGAAAAAGUGGAUGGUGGUUCCUGUGGCCCUCAAGGUUGUGCGUCUGAAGCCUACGUGGAAGUUUGCUCACCUAGGCUGCCUGGCUCAUGAGGUCGGCUGGAAGUCCCAGGCGGUCACAGCAAUGCUGGAGAAGAGGAAGGAGAAGGCCAAGAUCCACUACUGGAAGAAAAAGCAGCUCAUGAGGCCAUGGAAAUAG